UGGAAGUAGACAUUCUGGUAGUUUUUUUUUUUUACUGACAAGAUUGGAGUGAAAUCUGAGGAUUGUAGGAGUAAAUAUACGUUUUUUUUAAUCAACGGGCGUGCCAACAAGUUUGUGAAAUGUUUUUAUGAUAUCGAUUAACUCAGUGGUGAUUUAAUUAUUUUAUUAUUGGUGAUUUUUUUAUUGAGUUUUAAAUAAAGUUUUUAAUUAUUGGGAAUAAUGAGCAAGAGCAAACUCCACCAUCAUGUCGACAGCAACAUCGUUGCUGUCAAAAGCAAGUUUGAUUCAGAUAUAAUCAGAUUUUCCAUAAACAAAAAAAAUCCCAUUGGCUAUGAUGAGUUUCGCAAACUACUGGCGGAGAAGCACGAGCUAAAUAAAGAUGAUAAGGACAAGAGUUUUAAUAUUCGAUACACAGACCCGACUGACAAUGACCUCCUGCCAAUAAACAAUGACAAUAACUUGGCACGUGCGCUUUUGGCAGCCAAGUCUCUGCUUAAAAUAAUAAUUACGAGGAAUGGUGACAGCUUUGAUGAGAACACGGGGACGUUGAAGCCGAAGAAUCUUAUUUCUAGUAUUCUUGGUGGAACUCCGGGGAAACCUAAGUCACUGGCUAUCUCCAAUCCACAUGAUUUUAGACAGGUAUCAGCAAUUAUUGAUGUUGAUAUUUUGCCAGCGACAUGCCGGCGAGUCAGAUUACUAAAACACGGCUCGGAUAAACCUUUAGGAUUUUACAUAAAAGACGGUGAAAGUGUGAGGGUACUACCUCCGUCAGCGGGCGGCGGAUUUGAGAAAGUUCCAGGUGUCUUUAUAAGUCGGCUGGUACCUGGAGGCCUCGCUGAGAGCACGGGAUUACUUGCUGUCAAUGACGAGGUUCUGGAAGUUAAUGGGAUCGAGGUUGCUGGAAAAACCUUGGAUCAAGUAACAGACAUGAUGAUUGCAAAUUCAUCAAACCUGAUAAUAACAGUGAAGCCAGCGAAUCAACGCGCAGCAAUGGCUGCACCAAGACGUGGAUCCUUCUCCCGUAAUAGCCAAUUAUCAUCAGGCAGUCAUCAGUCGACUCAGAGCAUCGUGACCGGAAGUGCCAGCGACGAGGAAGCCGACGAAAUAGUAGAUCUGACCGGGGUCGCGCUUCAUGACGACAUACCGACCUCUUCUCACCAUCACCACCAUCAUCAUCACCAUCACCACCAGCAUCAUCAGCCUCACAAUCAUUUUAAUGACCAGCCGGGUGUCUUGCACCUGUGAGGCCACCGAGGAACAAUCAAUGGACAAUUAAUAAGCCUUUCCAAGUGCCUCGAACAUAUUUUUACCUAGAUAUUAUUAUACAUAGAUAUAUCCUGAUGACUACUGAUUAUUUAGUAAUGAACAAUGACUAAUAAUUACUGACUAAUGACUAAUCUUAUGACAAUGAGGAAUCAGUAAUGAGUAAAUGUUCAGCUUGAGAUAAUUGUCAAUCCUCAAAGCAAUAAUGACUCAUUUUUUAUUAUUUAUGUGGCAGCGUAACCAGAGUAUUAAUGGUACUUAAUAUAACUGGAGAAUAUUUAAUAAUAAUAAGUAAAGUGUACUUACUGUUGAUUUAACAAUUAUUUCUCGUGAUAAAUGCCAAAAGGGUGAA